AUGAUACAAGAAUUUUUAGACAGAAUUGCUGUUAUGGUUGUGUUUCUCUUCUCUGCAGAAUCUGCAAGACAGUUCGCUCAACAGACGGCUGAUCCUCCAAUUAGCCAGUUCCAAGACGAGUCUGAUGAUGGAAGAGCCUUGUCUGAGUAUGAACACAUUACGAAUUGUUCACAAGGUGUUGAUGAUCAGGGUUUGGAGAACACUUCUACAUUUGAAGAGUCGACAGAGACAGAUGCAUUACGAACAACUGAAGACAACAAUAACAACAACGAAGGAAACAAGAGUACAGUUCAUGGCACUAUUUCUAACGUUGUUCGACAUGAGCAGAUAUCAGUGCUGCGUUCUUGUAAAACAAGUUUAUGUAUAAGUUUUACAAUAACUGUUGUUGUCAUUCCUGUGAGUAUGGUGAUGAUUUCUGUGUUGUAUAUCAAUGUUAACACCUCAAAUCUAUGUUACCAACAGUUGCUGAACAAUAAGUCAUUGCCUCACGAAUUUAUGAAAUAUGUAAUUACUGGACAUGAUAUUGAAGGUAUGGCUCUAAAUUUCUGGUUUCAAUUGAUGUUAGUCUUGCUGUUUGGUUGGAAAAAAUUUAAAUCACAACACUCGUCCACCUUACUGUUGGGUUUUGUUCUUGGUUUGCUUGUUGUGAUAUUCAAAACUACUUUGUUUCUAGUGAAUAUAGACUUUACCCAAACGAAGUAUAGAUACCCAGGCAAUGCAGUUUUUCUCUUUGGAGUUGUUUACACUAGUCAUUUGGUGGCUAAAAGAGUAUGUACAACAUUUUCUUCUGAUGCCAUACGCUUGAAAAAACGACACGUUUUUGCUAUUGUUUCAACUCAGUUCUUCUUUGGGUUCCUGAUUGCAAUGGCCUACAGAUAUACCUUUGUGCCAUGGUAUCGUAGUACAAAUAAUGGCAUAGAUCAAGCAAGUAUCGCAAUGAUUACACCAAUUUUAAUUAUUCUACCAAUGGUAAUAUCAGAAAAGUUGGCGAUAAAAGGCUUGCCAUUCACUGAUGCAAGUCGUAUUUUUGUCCUCGUAUACUUUGUAAAUGGUGUAAGCAUAUUGCUGUACUGUAUAAUGCAAGCUGGAGUGAACGAUCUGAAUAUUUUUAUUGCACUUUCUGUAUUCCGGGGUGUAUUCCAGGUCUUCCGAACAGCAACAGUAAAAUUAAGGCGGAAAUGUUGCACUGGAAUUUGGAAAUGUCUCAAACGUAUGUGCACAUCAUGUCCACCACUUGGAGAAUUAGAAGAAUCAAGUUAUUGUUGUCGUUUGAGGGUUGAUAAAGAAAUUCAGAUUAUGCUUUACCAGGGCAUAGCAAUAAUAAUUAGUCAAGCCUAUUUGGUAAUAUAUUUAACAAGUAACUACCAUGUUGAAACACGAGACGUUCUGGAAGAAUUUAUUAUGAAAAGAGUAUUUAUUGGUAUUGGAAUAAGUUUUGUUGCAAAUUUUCUAUCAAUUUUGAUCCAUAUUCACUGGCACAAGACACAGCUGACUAAAGUAUGGUCUAGUCACUGGAAGCUUCAUCUUCUUGCUGUUACUUUAGUUGGAAUAAUGACAAUAUGUUAUUUUUCAGCAGUACUUCUCGGUCUAUUUGAAACGUUUGCACAUUUGAAGAAAUAUCAUAUUAAAGAUUGUACUGAACCUUUUCAAUAA